UGCCAGUUUACCAGGAAUACGCAGGUGAAGACCUGGAAUACGAUCCUGUGAGAGUGAAAUCGGAUUGUAGUCAUUUUUGCAAGCCUGAUGUCGGCCGUUUCAGCCCUCACGGUCAAGUCCACCAAGCAGUGGACAAUCGGCACCGAUGUCCAAGGCUCCGAACGACUCAAUGGCGUGAGCUAUCAAGAAGAUGCCCUCAUUACCUAUGGGGACUAUCAAUAUGUUACUUUUUACGAGACUGCCCCGGCGGGUUAUCUCAACCAUUUCGUGAAGGUGGGACGUAGAAAGGUUUCACCUAGUAUCGGCGACUGGGAGUUCCUCGCUCUCGAUGACUAUACCCAGAAGACGAUGGAUGGCCAUAACAUGAUCUCUAUGGGUAUUUCGGGGGAUGGAAAGAUUCACCUCAGCUUUGAUCAUCAUGAUGUCCCGAUCAAUUACCGCAUCUCGAAAAACGGUAUCGCAAAAGACGUUCCCUCAAAAUGGACCUCAGAUCUCUUCGGCCCCGUCGUCCAUGACCUUGUUGGGUCCCAAGGACCUUACUCGCCACUGACGUAUCCUCGAUUUGAGCCUUUGAGCAACGGUGACCUUCUAUUAGAGUUUCGAAUUGGCCAGUCGGGGUCGGGCGAUAGUUACAUCCAUCGCUACAGCGCAUCGACUGGGAAAUGGCAAGCUUACGGAAUGUACAUCCAAGGUGACGACAACAAUGCGUACAUCAACGGAAUAGAUUACCUGGAUGGAAAGUUGUAUACCUCGUGGACUGUCAGAGAAACACCGAAUGCUGACACCAAUCAUGGUGUUUAUUUUGCCUACUCGAAUGACGAUGGCAAGACAUGGUUCAAUACGAAUGGUACCAAGCUGUCGAAACCCAUUUCAACAUCUGAUGACAGCACCUUGAUCUGGGAUGUUCCUCAGAACAGCCGUAUGGUCAACCAGGAGGGACAGCUUAUCGACAUCAAGGGCCGGUUCCAUAUUCUGAUGAGAGACCUGUUGUCUGGAGAGCAUCUGUAUCAGCACUAUCUCCGGAAACCUGACGGAACAUGGACCAAGAAUGCCAUUAACCCCUCCGGCCUCAACGGGCCUGAUCUGUACGACCCAAGAGGCAAACUUGCUGGCGAUGCGAGCGGCGAAUACUUGUUCAGCUUGCUCCCUGAUCCUGUCAAGCAGUCAACUGGUAUUUAUGUCGCUACCGCAUCAAAAGAUUUCAAGGACUGGAAGAGUCUGGCCGAGAUCCCGAAUACUUCGACCGAGCCCCUCUUUGAUAAGACAAGACUUCAUGAAUCGGGAGUUUUGAGCGUGUUUGUAAGACAGGCGGGUGGAUUUCCUGAUCGCAAAUUACAAGCACUCAUUCAGAAGCAAAUGAAAAAUGCCAUCGCGCUGAGAAAGCCAGCGUCUGCACUUCCGUGGCGACCCGACGAACCCUGCAGGCAGCCUUUGUACAGGUGGAGCAGCAACGCGGAUGAAUGGCAGCCACUUCAAGCAUCGGAGCCCUCACCAAACAAGUCCAAGGCGACCAGACUAGCAGUUUACAGCUGGAAUAUCGAUUUUAUGCUCCCUCAUGGCGACAGCCGGAUGAACUCUGCUUUGAAGCAUCUGGAAGAGCUGAGUCGCCAGCAUAGAAAUGACAACAAUACGGCGGUUGUCAUAAAUAUUCAAGAAUGCGUUCCAUCUGAUUUAACUCUCAUAAGCGAGAAGGAUUGGAUCAGAGACAGUUUCUACAGAACUGAUGUUGAUACUGCGAACUGGGCUUCGGGCGCUUAUGGUACGACGACGCUGGUUGAUCGCCGACUUGAUGCCCUGUCCUGCUUUCGAGUGCAUUACUCGGCGACUCAGAUGGAGCGCGAUGCCCUCUUCGUUGACGUAGAAGCAUCUGGCCAGAUAGUUCGACUUUGCAACACUCACCUCGAAUCACUUGCAAUGGAGCCACCACGUCGCCCAGCCCAAAUGCAGCUCAUCGCUUCACACAUGCACGCCGAGGACAUUUCGGGCGCCGUCGUGACUGGAGACUUCAACGCCAUCCAGCCAUUUGACAGAACCCUUCACACAGACAACAACCUCGAAGACGCGUAUCUCAAUCUCGGUGGCACAGAAGGCGACGGUAGGGAUGAUAACGAAGGGUAUACAUGGGGACAGCAGGCUCUACCAGAGCUGCGACAGCUAUUCGGUUGCUCGCGCAUGGAUAAGGUGUUUUUCUGUGGCGAUGGACUUGAACUCUUGGGGUUUGAGAGAUUUGGUGCUGAUGUUGAGCCGGAUAAGUCGGAGGAGGAUGUUCGGAAGGAUCUGCUCUCGCUUGGCUUUGAGAAGCCGUGGAUCACUGAUCAUCUUGGCGUCAAGGCAGUUUUUGAGAUCAAGCAUUGAACGAACACUGUAGUUAUCUCAUCCGUGUCAGCACAGUUAGACAUCAACGAACAGGCAAACUGAGUUCCCAA